ACACCAGCCGAACAAGACACUCUCAGACAGACCGCACAUGAGAAAGAGAGACACUAGCCUACUUAAACCAGAGCUUCAGCAUUAUUUCUCUUUCAGAAUGGAGUCCUCAACAUGAUCAACUAGUGGAUCCGGACAGCUUUUUCAGGUCCCUGCUUGGAUUUUUAUCUCUUUUUAUCUCAUCUUUGAGUUUCAGCACUGCGCCCGGACACUUUCACUUGUCAAGACUGUGCAACCGCGCCGGUUUCAGAGCACACACACAUUGAUGGGGAUGAUCGCAGCAUUGCCCAGAAGAUGUGUAUCCCUGCUCCGCGGCUGAGAUCUGUGUCGCCGGCGCUCGUCGUGGGGUCGGAUCCCUCGGUUCACGUCCCCGUGUCAUUCCCGGUGAACUGAGAUGGCUCUUUGCGCUGUGCUGCGACAGACACGCAGACCGCCGCGGCAGGAGAAUCGGACACAUGUAGUUUUAAUCACGACCUAUUGCUUUUUUUGUAUAUCACCGCUGAAACAACUUUGCGCGUUUCCAUCUUCGCUGAGCGACUGUCAAACACCCACCGGGUGGAACUGCUCCGGGUUUGAAGAGCAGGACACUGAUCUUUUUCUGUGCGACACAAACACUUGCAAGUUUGACGGCGAGUGUCUGCGAAUCGGGGACACGGUGACAUGCAUCUGUGAUUUUAAGUGCAGCGGUGACUAUGCCCCAGUGUGCGGAUCGAACGGCGAGAGCUAUGAGAACCACUGUCUCCUGCGCAAAGACGCCUGUAAACUGCAGACAGAGGUGCUGGUGGUGUCAGACGGAGCUUGUCCUGUCGGUACUAGAGAUGCUGGCUCCGGAUCAGGGGAUGAUGCUAAUGAGGGUUCUGCAGAGAUCAGUCAGAAGGAGACAUCAACCUGCGACAUUUGUCAGUUUGGGGCCGAAUGUGACGAGGAUUCAGAGGACGUGUGGUGUGUGUGUAACAUUGAUUGCUCCCACAUCAGUUUUAAUCCGGUUUGUGCAUCAGACGGUCGUUCCUAUGACAACCCCUGUCAGGUGAAAGAGGUGUCGUGUCAGAAGCAGGAGAGGAUUGAGGUCAAAUACCUGGGGCACUGUAAAGAGGAGAAAGACCAGGUGAGCGAGGUACCAUGGGGUCUUUAUAUCCCUUGUCCAGAGCGCUACAAGGACUACUGUGUCCAUGGAGAGUGCGAGUAUCCUAGCAACCUGUCACCCCCCACCUGCAGUUGUCAUUCGGGCUUCAUCGGGCCGCAGUGUGACAGGAAGGAUUAUAAUGUGAUGUAUGUGGUACCUGGCUCUGGAAAACUGCGUUACGUUUUGAUCGCGUCCAUCAUUGGAGCGCUGCAAGUGGCCAUUAUCUGCCUCGUAGUGCUUUGCAUCACACGAAGGUGUCCACGUGGGAAUCGGAUAGCACGGCAGAAACAAAACGUUCCACAUUUCAACUCUGAAAACACCCUGCGGGCCUCCACCAGACUCAUCUGACGAACCUUAAACUUCGAGUGACAUGUGCUAAAAGACAGCAGAGAAAGGCCCCAGGGAAUUGUGGGAUCACACACCCCUCCAGACAGGUGAUGCUGGGUGUGUUAAGAACAGAGGCAGGACUCCUGGCAGCGUGCUGAUCGUCCCUUAAAUCCCAACAGACGCAAGCAGGGGACGGGCCACACGGGACGGGCCUGCGGUGGUUUUUCCACCUGGCCUGCAGGCUUGAGUGAGACUCGAUGGGAAAAAGAACAGGCAGUCAGUUUCGUCAAAAUGUCAGGGUACAGCCAAAAACAGCUCUUCCCUGGGGUUACAACAGUCUGGAGAAGACGAGUGCUUGCGGAUGGACGGAUGGAUGGAUGGAUGAAUGACUAGAGAGGUGUGCCACAUGUUGCCUUGUAUUUGUUGUCAUAGAAGAAACAAGCCUUCAGGGGCUCUCUUUGGUUAUGUAUUAUAUAUUUCCAAUAGGUUAACAUACUUGAUGUUUUUUUUCUUUGUUUUUAAUCGCUGUAAAUGUAAAUAAAUAAUUUAUAUCAUGUGA